AUGUUUCAAGUGAGACUCUUGUAAGUGUUUCAAAAACAUUCAUAACGAUUUUUCACUGCAUUUUAUAGCAGUUUCGAUACAGCUGCAAAUAUCUGCCCUCUCUUCUACGCAGAGGGUCUCGCUGGGCAUUUCAAUAAAACCGGAAAUAAUUAAAAAAUAGUAAGCGCUUUCUUUUCCCCCCUCCAACUUAGUCCAGUUCUAAACGUGAGCUCUUAAAUUGGCUUUAUUAAGUCAGUUAUUCAGAAAAAUUUUUGGAGAACCUUUAAAAGAUUCUGGGAGCUGCGAGUCUAGCAGGCUGGAAAAUCAUUGAAUUUUCUAAAAAAAAAUGCUUGGCCCUUAAACAGCCUUCCCCCUCUCUUACAAAAAUACUGAGCAGAGAAAUUCAGCUAAAAACCUGAGUAUUUAUUACAUAGUGGACUUGAACAACAAAUGAUCUCGGACACGAAUAUCGCUGAUCGCAACAUAACGCACUGCACUGCUUAGUAUACUAACAAAGUUCAAAAGCUCUUAAUGUGUUCCCUGUCUUUGUGACUCUCAAGGAAUCCCGUUGCCCGCAGAGAUCAUGACUUUCGUUUCCAGGAAAAAUGUCAAGGAGAAGACGUUUGCCUGAGGUUAAUGGAUUCCAAAGAAGGUCUGUUGAUACAUGAACUGGGUACUUCCCACUGACAAGAGGAAAACUCCACAUGAAAAAUUCCUUUUUAUGCCAGUUCCAAGCAAAUAAAGCGAUUUCAGUUUGGUAGUCGAAUUGGGCGUUUGGAAUGCGUCUUUUUUUCGUGUAGAUGGGGGAAUUUCUUGAUAGCGCGGUCAGUUGGUACUUACUCCUAAUCUUACGCAAAGAAGGAAUGAAUGAAUUACUAAUAGUCGCAUUACUGAGCAUGGGUAUUAGUUCGGGCGACAACUGUAAUGAUGCGCCAUCUUGAUCGCGUUUUCAACGCCUCGCAGGCGCUAAGAUGGGAAGGAAAAAAUCGUUUAGAUACGAAAUAGAACGGCGCGCGCCUAAGGCGCUGCAAAGCACUUUUUCGGUAUUUUCAAAAGCGUUCAUAUCUUUUAUCAUAUUUUAAAUGUUUUUUUUAUCUCUUUACACUUUCUCCACGAAUUUUGCGAUUCAAGAGAGGAGAUAGCUACCGUCACUAUGCGAUACCUGUUUAAGCUGUUUCAAGGGAGGCGAUUUCACACUAUUUUGUCGCAGCUAAUAUCAGCUGUUUCUUACAAUUAACCUGUCUUUGUUUUAAUUGCAGUUUACGUUGUUCAUGUGAAAGAUUCUGAGGAGCAUGUGUUUAUCCGGGUUGGCAAAUCUUCAUGGAUACGAGAAAAGGGAAACGGUUUGAUUGUUGGUCAUGUGAGUAUUAUAGUGGCCAGUAGCUUUAUUUUGGUAUCCAGUGAUUAUCGAGGAUCUGCGCGCGUUAACUAGGGUCAUUUUGGAAUGCAGAAUGCGCGAAAAACUUUCAGUCAUAUUUCGUCCUCGUAGUCGUCCUCGUCCUACCCCGCGUGGCAGGAGUUCGAAAGGGAAAGGGAAAGAAUUAGGGCGCGAGACCGCGCGCGCUCUUGCACGCCCAAAUUCCCCCUUCCCCUUCCCCUUUUAACGCUUGCCACGCAGGAUAUCCUCGUCCUCGAAUCUAAUGUUCCCUAAUGUCCUUAGACCUGUUAACAAUAACAGGUGUGUUUUCAAAGUCCAGCAUAAAGUGAAGUUUCUAAGAGAUUCAUGGGAGCACGUGUAGCAGCAUCACAGAGCACUCUCAGGAUUAGGUAAUUGAGAAGACAAAGACCUCGGAAACCAGAGGUUGUCCUCCUCGUACAUUAGUGAACUUACGCAACAGGACAGGAGAGGAAAGAAGACGGAAAACCUUGUUUCUCCGUCUUUUUACGAAGAAACCAGAGGUGGCGUUGAGUAAAGUAGGCUGUUUUCUCAGGCUAAUUUCACUACAAAAUGAGAUUUUUCUAAUGGAAUUGGCCUGGGUUGUAGAUCUCCUUCUAAGCACCUCUAGUUAAGUAGCCUCAGGACAUAAGCCGGAUGAUACCGCAUAGAUGGUAAUAAUGUGCGACAAGCUACCACAAUGGUUGUUGUUUUUUUUUUUCAAAUCGACAGGAUUAUCUGCAGGACGAAGAGUUGACAUUCGAAAGACACUCUGGAAUCCCCAUUACUGUCGUUAAAGAAGAGCAGUUUUCAAUUCAACUCCAGGCCGCCAUUGGCAUAUAAGUAAGCCACCUCUCAAAAGUUUUGCGUUUGCCUUUUGUAAGAAUUUGAAAUAAAAGCAAGCAAUGGUAAAGAGAAGAGUAUAGCCUGUACCUUCUAAAGUGGAGUUGCUUCUUGUAAUUGACGCUAUUAAAACGACUCAGAACCAUUGCAAUGGUUUUUGGGAUUAAGUUUUUGAUGGAAGCUUUCAAUUUCCAAGUGAGAAAAGAUUGCUUGGCAUUAUGGGCCGAAUUGUUCGAAGCGAGGUUAACUGAAAUAACCAGCGUGAGCGAUAAAUGGCCUUCGAACACAUGAACUGGUCGCAGAAUAACUAGUGUUGUUAUAUAGGUGGCACCAGUUGUUCCAAAGAUGGAUAGCGCUGUCCACUAUAAUUAUUAAUGAAUUUAAGUUGCAUUAUUAUCGUAAAGAAAGAGUUCUAUACAGCGCUGAUUACUCGAUUUCUCUUUUUAUCAGUAUAAACCCAUCAGACAUAUUCAUGAAGACAUUGGUCACGGCAGCCGGUUUAAUCCGCAGUUUGCCAAGAUGGGGCCAAGAUGAUCAAAGAGAGGAAUUUAUCAGCUCUUGAGGAAACAUUUAUUUAUAGGGUGUUUUUACAUUAAAUAAUGGUGUUAUAAUCCACAUGUUUUAAGAAAAACUGGAUUGACCGGUACCUUUGCAGUUCAUUAUAGUGCUUUAGUAGCUGAGACUAAUAGUAAAAGUAGAAAACGAAACAUGUCUUGUUAUUGUUUAAUUCAAAUACGCUUCCAUUUAGCGUCAUCCUUCAGGGUACUCUAGAAAAUGUUAAAAAUAAGGAAAAACAAAUUACGAAACCGGCGAAAGAUAAGAUAAAAAAACGCUGGCGUUAUCAUCAUCAUCAUCAUCAUUAUCAUCAUGGUUGUUGUCGUGAUCAUUUUUAAAAAUAUAUCAAACUAGGGCACCGUUGUGUCGUUUAACCUUGAAUCAACGAAUGCUAGAAUCAUAAACCAUUCUCCACUUAUACCCAUGACGAACUGAGCUGACAGUCUCCGGGAUCUUUACUGAUCAAACAGAUUCAAUGAUCAAGUCUGAAACUAUGGUUUUUCUUUUUGCGCAAACGUACGAAUAUCGCAAGGUAUGGGGCUAUAUAUGCUACACCCUGAUCGUAGUUCAGUCGAAACCAGCGGCGGACUGGAAUGUUGAUAAGCAGUUUACUUCGGACACAAACUUUGCCGAAGUAUCUGAGAAGAAGAAGGACUAUCUAGGGCGGAGUAUAUCUGGAGUUUCAAAGAGAGUGCACAAGCCCCUCCCCUCCUACCCCCUCCCCCCAAAAAACAUCAUUCAUAAGUCAAACACGCAAAUUUUUUUAUUAUCAUUUUUCGCUCAGGUAAUUAUAAGACAGUUGAAGUUCGAAAGCUCAAGAACUUCAGCGAAGUUGAAUUUUUACGAGAUCUUCAAAUGAAUGACUGAAAUCUCGAUACUGCAUGCAAUAACUCAAAUGAUAUGGGGACGUUUGGAAACUGCUAGUAACGAGUGUUGUAGACAAGAAUGCACCUUUUAGAACAAAAAGGACCAAAAACAAAAGCUUUCCAUAGAUCAUAAAUUAAGUGUCACAUGAAAUAUAUAAAAAGGACUUUCUGAAGAGGAAAGCUACUUCUUCAAACGAUCUCUUGAUUGGGAAACAGUUCAUAUGCACAAAAUAAGACUAACAAAGCUAUAAAGAAAGCCAAGCGUAAAUACUUUUCUGAAACACUAAAUGCAAACAAAGGUGAUCCUCAUAAAACUUGGCGGUUCAUUAAUGAGCUUCAGUCUCCACAAAAGUAAAUCAGCUGGACUGUCCCAAAUCAAAAUAGCUAGCAAGUCAAGUUUUCACGUCACCUGGUGAUAAAGCUGAAGCGUUCAAUAACCAUUUUACAAACAUUGGCCAAUCUCUAGCUCGCGAAAUUCCCAGUGUAGACACUGAUCCCCUUUCCUAUGUAAAUCCUGUCUGAACGGAGUAUUUUCUUUCGAACGGAUCAAUGUUCAAAAAGUCAUAAAAUUACUUAAAGUUAUCGAUGUUGGCAAAGCAACUGGUCUUGACAAAAAUUCGCUAAAAAUUGCAGCCGAUGUUGUUUCGCCCUCUUUAACAGGCAUUUUACAUCAAUCCAUACUGACUGGGAUUUUCCCCUGUGACUGGAAACUAGCAAAAGUGUCACCUAUUUUUAAGAAUGGCUCCAAGUCAGACCUAAACAACUACCGGCCAAUAUCUGGUAUCCCUGCCGUAGCCAAAAUUUUUGAAAAAAUUCAGUCUAUGAUCAACUUUACUAAUGAAAAUGGUGUUAAUCUGGUUUUUGCUCCCUACACAGUACUCUUACAGCUUUAUUAGAGACAAACGAUAACUGGUGUGUCAAUAUUGACAGAGGUCUUUUUAAUGGCGUAAUCUUCAUUGAUUUGAAGAAGGCUUUCGACACUAUUGACCCGGAGAUUAUUCUAAAAAAACUCAGUUAAUACGGCGUUGACCAAGAUGCCUUGAAAUGGUUCACAUCUUAUCUAACUAACCGUAUGCGAACAUGCAUUGUACACUGUAGGUAGCCGUCCAUUUAGUGAGAGCCCUCUUUACGGUGGCGUACCCUAAGGGUCAAUAAAAGACCCCCUUCUCUUUGUAUCUACGUAAAUGAUCUUCCAAACUGUUUGAACACUGGUUCUCCUAGAAUGUACGCAGACAACACUAACGUUACCUAGUGUACAUCAUCUCGAAUUGCAGCUCAUACUGAGUUGAAACAUAUUAAAGCUUUCGCCAGAACAAAGUUUAUGAUUAUUAGCUCGAGGCAGAAACUACAGACUUUAAAUGACUACACAAUAAACAUUAAUGUAGAUGGCGUCCAAGUAAACUCAUAGCAAAUCUCUUGGCUUGGCUUUUCGUUUUGAGGAUGAGGUGGGUCAGGAUAUUCUAAGGCGACGCUGCAUUAGUUGGUGAAGGAAAGUUCUUAGCGACCCGUAAUUUAAUUAUAUAAAGUCAUUGAUAUAUUCGGUGAGAAGCAGACCGACUUUCUAUUCUACAGAAUCGUAACUAAGCUUAACAUAAACUGAGAGAAUUUACGAGAAUUUUGCUCACAGUACAAAACCUAAACAUUUAUAAAACAAAACACCAUAGAAACAAAAUUAAACGAAAUCGAAGAUUUUGUUGACAAUGGCGCUUAAUUACUUGGAGAUGCGAAUUUCUUAGUGCACCAAUGAUAAUUUGAAGCUAACUACAGGUGGUGAAACAAUCUUAAACUAAGAAUUAUUGUGAAGGGAGCAUCCUUGCCAGGGUACAGUUGAAAUCUUCCAGCUAAGCACAAACUCGUUCGAAGGGUAUCAACAGCUCUAACCUUUGAUCAUGAGCGGGUUAAGAAAACAGAAGGACUAUGAUUGGAAGGACUCCAAUGUUGCGAAUAUCAAAAGCAAGGAAGACAGAGAUGUAAGUCUUCAUUUUGAACAGUUAUGGAGGAAACUCCAAAUUUGUAGAGGAACGCUAUGCAAUGUUCAAGUAGUUAAAAACAAGAGUACUUGUGUUUUGACUUUUAUAUUCAGUUACGAUUGCAUGCCGCAAAUAAAGAACCUGCUUGGAACAGAGUCGAAGAGAUUAUGUCAGACAAGCUAGGGAAAUCAACAAACAAGGAAGACCCUCAAGCAUUGAAAUUUUGGAGGGUGGAAAAAUUUCAGGUAAACAACUUGUUUCCAAUUUCUUCAUAAAAUUAUAACUGACAGUCGUUUAAUGUUUCCAACUUUUGACCCUGUGAUUGAAAUCCGCAUUCUUUAUUUUCAUGAAAUAUGUUCGCUUUUCUGUUCAUUAUACAAAAUUAAUGUAAGAUUCUGGAAAACUGAGCCCAACUUCCCCUCCCCUAACCCAACAUUUUGCCCUGAGUAAGAAAUAAGCGUUAACAUUGAGUUAAGGGAGCGAGGGGUAAAUGAAAGAUAGGUUCCCAGAUAUUAUACUGACCCUCCUCAGCAGCACUCUGAGAACGUUUUCUCACUCAAAUACAAAGUAAUUUGUCUUGGUUGUUGAACUAACCAUGGUUUGUAAAAAAAAAAUGCCUGACAGAGUAUCACAGCCUUUAAAAAUCUGUGAAAUUUAACUUUGCAAGAUUUUCUGCGAGGGAAUUGACAACGCAUUAAUAAUUAAAACCAGAAGCAUCAACAACAUCGCUUUUUGCACCAUAAAAGGCAAAGUUUUUAAAAUUCUUUGAUGAGAGUUUUUGGCAACAAUGGGUGGUUGUUAGCCCUUCUGGGACAGCCAAAAAUCAUUUUUUUCGUGAUCCUGUUGGGUAAAGUAAGUUGGAGUAGUAUCAGUGCAUACUUUGUGCAUUUCAAAUCACACUCUGGAACAUUACAAUAAGUUCAAUUGAAUAAGACCGGUGUUCCAGCGUCAGGUGAAUUGCAUAAUUUUGUAGCUUUUAUUAUUUAUUGCAUCAGUAGAGAUUUAAAUUAAUUGGGCUCAGUAAAUUUCAGUUCCUCUGUGACCAUAUUCAAAAAAUGGAGAUCAAUAAAAUUUUAUCUUAACUUGCGUUUUUGUCUUUGUAGCCGUAUAAUUUCUAAAAAUACAGAUCGAGAUACCUUUGUAAAGCAUUUUAUUUGUAAUAAAAACAAAUCAGUCUGUUUUCAACCUAUGCCACCGGUAUUAGAAUUGUAAAGGAAAUAAAGGGAGAUGUAAAGAAUCAAUGAUAAGAGGACACAGAAAAAAUCUGAGCCCAAUAUGGGAUUCGAACCCAGGACCCUCCGUGUUAGAGCAUCUGAUCUAGAACAAACAACGAUUUGCGAAAGGUGUACAGAGGAACAUAACCGACUUUUUUAAGGCUUGAAUAAUUACAGAUAGCAUAAAUAUCUUUUCUAUUACAUUUUUUACUCUAGUUACUGUUUACUGCAGCGAAAGACACCUUAUGUUACAACUUUUUACGGUGCAGAAUUGCGCUGUAGCUCGUUUCGUUUUAAAACAGUGAUUUGUCUAGGACUGUACUUACUUUGUAGCUGAGAUGUACAAUGCUGUCUGAAAGACAGUGUCUUUGUACUGUGAAUUAAAAAUUUAAAUACAGUUAAGAGACGAGUGUAAGCCUGGUUUUAGCUACUGGACACUUUAAACUGUAAGUGGAGUCAUAAAAGUAACGUCAUCAUAGUGACCUCUUUUAUACGGACACCUCUCUAAUACGGACACUUCGCUCUGUCCUUUCGGUCUCCGUAUUAGAGAGGUUCGACUGUAUUGUGAACGCCUAGCAGCAAGACUGAGAACUGUUCAAAGCAUUUUUUAAUCAAUUUUCUCUGAUUAAUUUCUUCGUGAACUACACUUGAACCACUGAAACUACUGGAACUGGUUUCAUCUCCUCUUUUUAGGCUGUAAGGUCUGUAAGCUUUAGUUCGAGAGAACUGGAGGAGACUUCGACUUCAGUCUUAUACCCCUUACCAUAAAAAUCGUGAAGGUACUCCAAAAAAUGCUCUGCAAAAUAGCCACAGGUCACGAAGCCGGUUCUUCUCAAAACUACAAAGUUACACUUGCUGAUUCACAAAAUUGCUUUAAACUUUCUUAAGAAUAAAUAACGCCUAUUUUCUCCUAACACAUCAAUGUACGUACAGUUUAUGAGUUUUAAUAUAAUGAUCACCAAAGGCAAAAUUCGUUGAGAAAAUGUAUACGGAGAUUUGCAUCCAGAUAUUUGGGUUCAAAUAAUAGAGCGUUUUCAUUCGCUUGGCUAGCGGCUAUGCAAAUAUAUUGCGUCAAAAGAAAAGGUUUACAUAAGAAAAGACGUUCAACUCCCACACACACACUCCCACACACUCUUACCGCUACGGAUCUCUCCAGCUCACGCAUGGCCAUAAUUCUAACUCCUGAUGGUCCAGAUGGAUAAAAUGCAUUAUAAACUGGCUAAAGACAACUUCUAUAGCGUUACUGUAACAAAAAAUCGGAGAAACCGACGGAUCUCCCUCACAUCCAAUAUGACCGACACCUCGUUGCUUCAGCUUAGACUGCGCAAAUCUCGCACAUGCGCAGGUCGCGACGUAGCUCCUUUAAGCAGCGACUUUUUUGAGCCACGAACGUCAACCGUGCUCGUGCUCUCUUAAGCCGUUAUUUUAAACAAAUUUUUGGUCAAAUCGUCCCUGGUAUAUAAGAGUAAAGAUACUUAUCAAUACAAAUUAGGUAGCGUUAAGGCAUAUUAAGAGAGAAAAAGGCUCACUUCCGGUUGAAAAAACGUCACUAACGAGUUGGGACAGUAACAUGGCGGACGUGACAUCAUGUGAAAAGGCUCUGCACUUUUAGAGUCUUGGAGGAAUCAAGUAUAUUGAAGGCUGGUGGGAUUGAUAAAGAGAAAAGAAGGAAGUACCUCCCCUAGGUAGAAACCAAGUAGCCUGCAAUGUACGUUUUCAUUCAGUUAUCAAUAUAACCUUCUUUCUAAAAGAAGUAUGGGAUACAAAAAAAGGGGUGUUUCUGGUGUAAAUCAUUACCAAAAUGCUGUUCCUUUUUCUCUUCAGGUGAAAGACUGGCUUCCCGAGGACGAAAAGGUGGUAAAAUUCUUCAAGGGAGACUCGUACAUCAUUCUUCAUGCUGAGUACAAAAAAGAUCCUCAGGGAAGACUCAGAAAGGAAGUUAGUAUAGACAAUCUGAAUUGCUUAAUCAACAAAAUGGGUUUAAACAAUAAUGCCAUUAGGCAUUUGAUGCCCUACACCUGCAAAUCGUAGACCCCCAGGCCAGAGGUUGGACAAGGAGGUCCUUUGCCUAACGGACAGUUUGGUUUGCUUUAGAUCAAUACCCUGAGCUUCACAUCAAUGCACUUAAAACUAAUAUCAUCAGAACUUUCAAAAAAGCCAAACGAGAACCUCCUUAUUGUUUAGCAGUAACUUUGAGUGGUAUUAAACUGAAUGUUCUCUUUGAAUUAAAAUUUUUCAGGCUGUAGACUAUGACAUCCAUUUCUGGAUUGGAAAAACCUCCACACAGGAUGAGUACGGAACAGCUGCGUACAAAACAGUUGAACUAGACAGUAAAGUAAGAAACAAAAUAUUUUGCAGGAUAACGUACCCAGUAAAAUAAGUCAACGAUCCUUGACCUUCACGCAAAGUGAGUCAGAUCAGUUCAAAUCUGCUUGGCAGUGGUUUUUCUUUUUAUUUCGCGCUUGGCAUUACAGUUGCAUUGGUUUUGAUUCUUGCUUUCAAUACUGGUUGCAUUCUUCAAGCACUUGUACCGGUUGCAUUUUCCGCGUCUGUCACCGGCUGCAUUUUUUCCGCGCUUGCAGAUCAAAGCACUGAAACAUAGCCUUUCCAGCCCCAAAGUUUCUCACUUGAAAAAGUUAAUUAGCCACGUGACUCGAAGACACCUUCUGUGGAAAAUUUUUUUAUUAUUCAAUUCUGCAGUUAGGAGAUGAAGCGGUGCAACAUCGGGAAGUUGAGGGAUGUGAGUCUGACGAUUUCAAAGAAUAUUUCAAGAAGAUGGGAGUAAAAUUCGAAACCAUUGAAGGCGGGUGAGUGGAGUUAAAGCUCGAACUGUAUGGCAUUACGGGAUUUCCUCUCAAUUGGCUGAAAUCAUGUUUACCCCAUAGAAAGCAUAAUUGUGCAUAACAGCAGCAUUUCAAAAUCCAAACGGUAACCUGUAUAGUACCUCAGUGGUCUGUUUUAGGUCCUUUACUAUUUCUUACGUAAAUCGAAGAUAUCCAUUCAGCUUCAAGUGUGCGCUGAUGGCACUUUAUUCAGUGCUGCAUCAGAAUUCGGCGACUCUAGGCGUUUCUUCAUAGAUAAAUCAAGAAAUAGUUGACACUAGAAAGAGAUUAUUGUAUUAUAUUUAUAAUUACCUAUCAGGGCUAAGGCACGAGAUCAGUAGAUAUCUCCUUAAACUUCUUAAUUGGGAUAAUCUAGCCUCGUAAAAGUGCCAUAAGCAACCUUUUUCCUAUGAGCUGCUAAGGCAAUCCAAACAAAUCUCGCCCUUGGUUAGAGGAAAAAGCAUUAAAAGUUCUAUGAUUUCUAUGAACGGAACGCUACAAAGGCUCACGACUUGGAAUCAGCCAAAUCUGAGAGCUCUAAAUUCUUAAAAAAUAUUUCUGUUAUUGCUUCUUAUAUAAGUAUUUGAAUACGAAAGAGGUAGAGAUUUGUCGACAUAAUGUCGUGCUUCUGUUUGUUCUUUAAUGAAGUUGCACUUAUUUACGUACUGCUUUCUUGUAAGAGGGGUUUUUACUAACUUACUGAAGCUACCGUACAGACACAAAGGCGAUUGAUUCAUUUUUUUUCCCUUUUCACGUUAACAGCAUUGCCUCUGGAUUCAGGCAUGUUGAAAUCGGAGCUGUUGAAAAGGCAGUCACUGUGGUACAUUACAAACCGUCAGCUCAAAAGAAGGAUCAGUUCCAGGAAAUUUUUAUGGAAUAUGAAAGGAAGAAUCUGUGCUGUAAUGACGGAUUUUUGAUAAUAUUCUGCCAUGAUCGUUAUUACAAGGUAAAUUUCUACUCCUAUCAAAUAAUUAUAAAUAUUCGACUUAUCGUCUGUUCUUCAAUUCACUUGUCCGGCGCAGGAUACAAGACUACAGUGUCCGGCUGAUACAUCUUCUAGAUGCCGCAGUGGGACACCCAAUGAAGUCCGUCCUUAUCAUCAUACCGCGAUUAUGAUUCACAAAAUUACGCACAAAAAGCUCCUCCCUGGGGGAUUUCACGUAGCUCGUAAAACUACGGCUUACAACCUCAGAGACUCUAACUUUAAGUUAGCACUGGAAAUCCAAGACCGAAUUCUUGAAAAAGAGCUUUUCGUAUAGCGGUCCAAAGCCAUGGAAUUCUCUCCAAACUUUCUAGGUUUUAAGAAAUGUUUGUGCAGUCUCGGUCUCCAGUGCACUAAUUUCGUAAUUUUAGUUGUCUACCUGUCUACCCUUACACCCGUCUGCCCCUCCAUUAAGCUGUCUGUCCGUCCUUCCGUCCCUCCAUCCGUCCGUCCGUACGUCAAUACACGUAUUCCUCCGUUCUUCCUGUCCGUCCGUCCGCCCAUCCAUCUAUCUAUAUCUAUAUCUGUUUGAUUAUCUGUCUGUAUGUCUGCGUCUUUAUCUAUUCAGGUACCUCUCUCUGAGAUAAACAAAUCCUUUAUUUAAACACCAUAACAAUUAAACACAAGCACGUAAAAGCUUGUGAGACCGUGUAAAUCACAAGCCGCCAUAUCUUGUUGAUAUAUUUUUUACCAAAAAAGGGACUGAUAGUUGGCGGAUAUUGGGGUUUUACAUCGUAACUGAGAUAUUUUCAUCGGGUACACAACGACCACGCGCACACUUAUAGCGUACGCAAAGUGGACAGGUUAGAAAUUUUCAAACGAAACUGAACCAUUAUAUUUGGGUUUUCUUUGACUCCAAUGUGCUUUUAGGACAAAAAGCAACACCAAAUAUGGUGAGUCAGCUGCCUUACGGUCAACCGAUACAUAACUUAUUGUUUAUUUUUUUCUAGUUAAAAGGCAAGAAUGUUCCAUUAGCCUUCAACGAGCAACCGAUCAUCAACGCCAUAAAGGCGUUUCAGGUAUUACUAACUUAACACACAUAUUACUAAAUGUAGUAAUACGGUUGUUUUAAUCAAGAUCAACAUAGGAGGCCGGCUAGUCUCUCAAAGAGGAGCCUACACGCGACUGACAGAUUUGCGGUAAUUAAAACCCUUCUAAUGGUAACCUAAAGUAAGUUUCAACAUCAAACAUCUAACAAAAGCAGACCUACAAAUACUUGCAUCUACUUUUUAUGUUAUAUACAGCUCCGUAAAUAUUAUUAAAGUAUUUGACUCAACAUCGGUAAGAUUAUCAAUCGUUUUCUUCCUUGCAGGAAACAAAAUAUCCCAAAGCAUUCACUGCGGAAACUUUCGGUAAGACUAAAGAUAAUAAGUCAGUUUACUACCGUAUUCACUUGAGCCUUGAAUCAAAUAAUCGCCGCGGACUGGAGUAAGACAGUCCUUGUGUUCGGUGUUCAAGACAUCGUUCACGUAAAGGCCGUAACCAAUAUUUUAAAAUGAUUUUACCCACCGUAGGAAAAACAAAUUUUAAUUGGCCGUUCCGAGUUCCAAAACCCUCACUUUCAAAACGAGGCUGAAUUCAAAAUCUUUCUUGAGAAUUCUUGAGAACAUUUGCAUGAGAAUAAAGAAACAUUUUCAUAUAAAUGGCUUCCCACUUAGCCUCUCUUUAAAACAGAGGCUGGAGGCAACUCGGAAAAGGCCUAAUCCUCCGGUACUUUUCGACAAAUAUCGCUUCAAAUUGUGCGAGAAAAAAAAAACAAAGGGGAAUGAACUAAAGCUGCCUUAUAAACGAACUGUAGUGUCUUAUAAACUUUGAAACAUGAGGCACAGACGGUAGGUUUUAGACUGUCACAAAGCACAAAUUGCAGUGGUGUUGAACAGUUUAUCCUUUAAAGCUCCGUGAAAAUAAGCAUUUAUCCUCAACUCUUCUUAAUUUGUCUCCUUUCAUUCUUAUCUGGUUCUUCCAACAAUCCCGAGUUAUAAGAUUACUUAGACCAAAUCUGCACGAAUUAUUUAGGAGUUUUUACAUGUUGUUUGCUCUAUUACAGACAGCCAAGAGGAACUCGAAAAAAGUGACAUCUACAAGGUAGCCAUUUUAGUUGGAGGUCAUUAGUUAGAGUGAAAAUAAGGGCUCAAAAAGCAAGAAAUUCUUGCUGUGGGUCAAAAUUUUAUUAAUAUUUAGUAUAAACUAAAACAGUGGUUAGUGUUUUUUGCUACAGUGGUUAGUGUUUUUUCCUACUUUCCCGGCGCGUUUUUAGCGUCUGUCACGUGUACUAACUAUAAGCUCUCAUUGGCUAAUUUUCUCAGACACUUAGGGACAAUUGCGCUUGUUUAAGAAACUCUUUUAAGUCCUUCUCUUUUCAUUAUUAAACUGAUAAGGAGGCUAGCUAGAAUUAAGAGGAUCUUAAAAGAAUAAUAAAAAACUCUUAAAAGUGAAAUUAAGGGGUAUUUUGUUUCCUUUCUAUUGACAGAAAUCUCCCCAGUUUAUUGUAAAGUUGAUCAGGUAUGUUGUUAUAAACCAUCUCUCUCCUAACAGAAAGGCUUACUUCCUACGUUUUUAUUACAAGAAGGCAUUCCUUUUAGUCUAAUCAAAUUAAACAUCUCUUUUUGUCCAAUUCUUAACCUUUUCUUUAAAACUGACAGGAGAUUGCCUAGCAACAACAGGAUGUAGCUCCUAUGUCCAGACCAAAAACUGAUACCGUCAACUCUUUCCAAGACGAAAACCUUUAAGAUCGGCGAUAAGUGAUAGAAUUGACUAAAAGGAGUCAAGAAAAGCAGGGACCAACUCUAGGUGUCCGUUAGGCAGGCAGCCAGUCUAAGUGUUCGUUUUAGCGAGGUAUAUUUGUCUGAUAGAGAGUCAGCUAAAAGGAGUAACGAAAUACAGGGAGCCGCUGUUAGUGUCCGUUUUAGCGAGGCGUCUGUUGAGAGAGAGCUGACUUUAUAUCGUGAACCCCGCUUUACGGACACUGUGACAGGGUCCCUUUAGCCUGUGCCAGGCUCUCAGAUAGUACAGUGGGAACGUAUUAAAACGAGCAGAACGACUUUCCACCACCAUCUCGGAGCCUGGAACAGGCUAGGGUCCCUUUGGUGUCUGUGUUCAGUAACCGAGUUCCACUGUACUCUAUUUAUACAGAGUGACAGGCACUGAGAAGAAGGAAUUUGGCUUCAAGGUCGAAGGAGAAUUCAAUGACUUACAGGAUUUUGUAGAUGAUGCAAAGAAAUUGGAUAGAGAUGAUGGUACGUUACUCUGCCGGCAUAUCCUUGGAGUCCGAGGGGUAUUCAUUCAAGGGAUGGGGGAAUUUAAACCGUUGAUACGUACAACUCGCUUAUUGGGUAGAAAAAUAUAGCCACUUAACUUAAUUAACCCGCACAAAUGUAAUCAUACGGGGUAAAAAGUAAACAAAAGAGAAAAAUGACAUUAGAGUGUAAUACUGCGUAUAAGUCUACUAUCUAUUUCAUGGGUUAAUUUAAAAUGAAUCUUAAAAAAUGCAUAUUUCUGCCCAAUCACGAAGCCCCGUUCCGUGAGAGUAAUUGUCCUGGGGCCCUUUCGUUUAUUUUUCAAGAUUUCAGCCGGUUUUUGUUAAAAACCUCCACACGAUCCCGACUUAAUGCCCCUUGGUCUCCGAGGAUGGUUGCUGUGUCGGUAGUAAUUGAAAAAGUUAUUUUGAAGGGCGUAACUUAACCCUUUCGCCUUAAAAUACAAAUACAACUAAAACUGAACAUUUACCAACUAUUAUGAAAUAGUGAACCCUUUUUACGGACUACAAAAAGGUCAGUUUCUAGAGAUUUGCCUACAUGGUAGAGAUUAUGUGAGUUACGAUGUUAUAGAGGGGGACGAAAAUGUUUUUCCUCUUUAUUACAAGCCUGUUAAUCUCGGAAAACACAAUCAUAAGCAGCAGGAGUCAGUUUUCGCAUCGUCAUGAAAAAUGCCAGAAAAUAAAAUGACACCCUACUUCAUAACUGUGUUGCGAACUGUCAUCAAAACCUUUUCGUCCUCGUUAGUCUGAUAAGAGGCGUUUUAGGAGAGUAAACGACGGCCAUGAAGGACAAAAGGCCCCCACAACGACAAAAAUAGGUUCCAUGUAUAAAUCCAUGUUAAUUUGACUUAACUCAUGCGCAGGAGCGGAUUUUCUUGUCUCCUGCUUGGUUUAAAAGUUUGAGAAAAUAUCAAAGCGACAGAAAAGAGAAGAACUUGUAGUAAUUUUAGUUUUUUUUUCUUAAAGUCUUCCUCAUCGAGACAGAUGGACGCCUGUUUGUGUGGAUCGGUAAGGAUGCCAGCUCAAAAGAAAAGCAAAAUGCCAUGUCUUACGCACAAGUAAGUGACGAAGUAACGUUUAAUUGCCCUCGUAUAAAGUCGUGAAACGUUUGAAAGGGUAUCUACCAUGAAUGCCAAAGAGCUGAUUUUCUUUUGCGACACCUUUAUCAUAUUUUUUCAACUGACUGCCUGCACUGUUUGACAAGUCGUUUCUCAAUCUGUUGGAGCGAGAGGACAUGCGUCUGUUCGAUCUCAAAUGAUUUUAUAACCAUUAUCUUAUAACUACUAUAUGUGCAAGAAAGGUACAGAAGGUAUUUAAGAAGAACUCCCUUGGUUUGGAACAAUAGUCUUAAAAACAUUAUUACCGUUUAGAAUUCGCAAACACCCACCAUCACACCUACUUCCACAUUUACAUUAAGUUGAACUUAUGUAUGGUCAAAGGGAUCUACAUCUUUGGAAGAGCAUUACGUAUAAACACGUAAUUCAACACUCUAGUUUCUAUCGUUUUGUUUUAUUAUUUCCUACAGAAAUACUUGGAUACUCUGGCCCAGAAUAAGAUGAGUGGCAUCACUGUUUAUAAAGAUGAAUGUGGAAAAUGUCCACCUUUUGUCAAAUCAUUGAAAAAUAAAAGAGGUAACUCAAUUGCUAUUGAAUUAUAAGGAAAAAACAAGCUGUCGCUAUAAUAAAGUGCAACUUACAUUUAACAUAAAAACCAUUACGAAGGUAACGACGACGAUCAUGGUGAUGACGCUGACGAAAAUCAUUACGACAACGACGACGAUGAUGAUGAUGACGAUGACGACAACAACGACGACGACGACGACGAUGACGGUGACAGUGGCGACGCCGACCCCGAUGACGAUGAAGAUGACGACGACGACAACGAAGAGGCAAUAGGGAGCUUAAGCAACGACGAUGGAGACGUCAACGAGAACGGCAAAAAAGCAAUAAGUUUAGAUUGGCAAAACAACAACUGUGCACGUGAAUCACGCUUUUUUGUACAUUUCUUUUCCGUCACCGCACGACUACAACGUGAAAAUACCUAAUUUCACGUUUUGUGGAGGACGUAAACACAAGACAAUAACUUUCUUUUUCUUUUCCUGAACUUCGAUACAGUCUUUUAGAAUUCAACUCCACAAAGCAAUGGCAACAUUUGACGAAUUGAACGAGAUGGAAUAAGUGCGAUAAAGUUUGAAGCAGCGGGAAUUCACUUUUCAAGUGACGUUUUCGUAGCCGUCGCCGUCGCCGUCGUCGUUGCUUAAGCUCCCUAACGAUGAUGACGACGACGAUAAUGAUAACGAUAACGAUGAUGAUUGUGCUGGUGAUAUCAUAAAAUUCCUAAAAUAAUCUCCGAGGUUUUCAUUUUUAAACAGCCUUUUACGAAAUAUAAGAAGGGAGGAAGGAAAUAUCCGACCGAAAAUCUCGUGGGAAAUUUGCAUAAGCAAUCUUUCUUUGCAAAGGUUACCGUUUCUUUAUAGAUAAAUGGUGUGAUCACGCGACGUUUUACCCCAACUGACAGAUGAUAGAUGAUGUUUACAUUGUUUCUAAAUGUUAUUAUUAUAACAAUUUCUCAGUUUGUUGACCUGUGAAUGUUUAAAAGUAAUACCGGCCACUUGGGUCCGAAGUUAAUUUCGAAAAGGAAAAUGUUACGUGCGGGUUGAAAUGGCAUUACAUAUUAUAUUAGAUCUUUAUAACGCUUUGGUCCUAUUAUUACAUUUAGGAACAGUUACUACUCUAUGCCCUAUGUAUGACAUGUAUAUUACUGAGAAAUCCUUGUGUGAGUCGCAAAUUCAGCUUUGUAUAGUCAAGUCCAGAGUUCUUGUACAACCGGCGACACAUCCCUGUAGGAAAUUUAAGAAAUUCCCUUCUCGUGUAUAUUCGCUUACUUUCCCGAAUAUAUCCGCUUCCUUCGUGACUUGAUUGUGUGUUUGUUUACGUAGGGGCGGAGAAACGGGGAAACAAAGGACGCCUUUAGAAUCACUUCCACAAGUAGCUUCCGGAUGCAGUAACAAGACACCCUUCCAUAAUCCGCGGCUUCAAGAAUGUUUAUGGACCUUUUGAUUGCAGUUCUUCGCAUUUAUUUUGGAUCUUUUAUAGACCUUUAUAG